AUGUCAGAUUCCUCCUCGACGGAGCUGGGCAUGACUCAAAUCCACACGGCCAUACGCAGCGAUAAUAUGGAUAUCAUCGAACGUUGGCUGAAUGAUGGACAUCACCGGAAGGAAAGACUGCGCCUGGCUGAUGAGCAUAAAACCAUGCAUUUCGCGGUGCAGCACGAUGCUUUAAGAGUCUUCAAGCAUCUAGUGGAUGCUGGUUGUGACCCAUAUACAACAAAUGAUCAGGGAAACCUACGAGUCCAUGAAGCCGUUCGCAGAUCCGAAUCCCGCUACCUUGAAGUUUUGAGGACGUUCAAAGACGCGGGCGUCAGCCUUUUUACCCCUGACGCUAGGGGGAACAAUAUCCUUCAUAUUUACUGGAUAAUCCGCGAGGAAGCACAUGGCUUUUUCAAACACAUGUACGAUCUGGAUCCUCAAGAUGAGGAUACGAGCACGAUAAUUUGGUUGGCGGAGGAGCUUAUAUGUCGAGGACUUGAAAUCAAUCAGCCGGGGUCAGGUUACAACAGAGAUUCUGCUGUCAACCAUCACAUCCGCAAACAUUCCUUUCAAUUUGCCGAGCUACUACUUCAGAACGGCGCUAGCCCGCUCAUUGAUGGCGUACUAUCAUUUGAAGCCAUACGCUCAGCUAUUGAAGUCGACAAUGUAGCCUUUCUGGAGCUCAUUGUAACGCAUACAGGUAAGCUGUCGGCGGAAGUGAGUUGGACUGAUUUGGAGCCCUUCUAUGCCGUAAACGAGAACGCGGCCAGAGAUCUUCUCGUAGACCCAGCGAACGCACUGCAUGUGGCAUCUACCUCGAAAAGCUUUGCCUGCUUGAAAUAUCUACUUGAGGAAGGUCUAGCGAAAGAAGCUCUGGUGCAGCACCAGGACUCUACCCCAUUGCACGUUGCAGCAUUCAUGGGUUCAGUGGAAGCUGUGGAACUCCUCUUAGGACAUGGAUUGAAUGUUGCGGCUAGAAAUAGCCUUUAUCAAACACCACUGCAUUUGGCAGCGCAAGUGGGAAGCUUGGCUGUAGUGAAGUGUCUACUUCGACAUGGUGCGUCGGAUUGCUUCGAUGCGUUUGUCAAGACGGCAGAGACAGUCGCUCUUGAGUUGGGAUUCGUCGGAAUUGUGUAUACCUUGCAAGAGGCAAAGAACGAGGAAGCUCGUCGAGAACAUGGAAAGCGUCGAGGACCCGAGAAGACGCGGGACCACUUGGCAACAGAACUUGAGAGAGCGGUUAGGGCGUAUAACUACACAGGUAUAACGACUCUGAUGGAUUCAGAGUGCUCGAUCGAUGUUCACAUGCCUAAAAGACAGGGCGGGUCAGCACUUAUAUUGGCGCUGGAGCUAGAGAGUCCUGCCAUGGUGAAAUGGCUUUUCGAGCACGGGGCAAGCGUACUGUCUGCCAAGUAUACAAACGGAGUCGAGGAUAGUGCCAUCGAGAUUGCGUCGGCUCGAGCCAUCUUUAGCAAUCAACUGACAGAUAUCGUGAGGAGGUAUUGGUUGCAGGGAGGGAAUCUUGUCACCGACGAGGACUUUCCCUUCCACGACGCUGUAUGGAACAGCAACACGUUGGGUCUUUCCGCUCUGAUCAACGAAUGUAGAACACAUAUUGACGCCAAGGGGUAG